UCUGCAAAGAACCAGCCCUCAAAUCAAAAAACAAACCUUUAAAAUGGCAUUCAAGUUCGUCUUCGCCCUCGCCUUCGUCGCCGUGGCCAGCGCCGGUUACGCCCCUAUUGCCGCUCCCCAGGUGUACCAUGCCGCCCCCGCGGUUGCCACUUACGCUCAUGCCCCCGUGGCCGUUGCCCAGAAGGUCGUGGUCAAGGCCGCCGAGGAGUACGACCCCCACCCCCAGUACCGCUUCUCCUACGGAGUCGAUGACAAGCUGACCGGCGACAACAAGGGCCAGGUGGAGGAGCGCGAUGGCGACGUGGUCCGUGGAGAGUACUCCCUGAUCGACGCCGAUGGCUACAAGAGGACCGUCCAGUACACCGCCGACCCCAUCAACGGAUUCAACGCCGUGGUGAACCGUGAGCCCCUGGUCAAGGCCGUCGCCGUUGCCCCGGUCGUCAAGACUGUUGCCGCUCCCGUCGCCCACUAUGCCGCCCCCGCUGCCUACGCCUCCUACGCCGCCCCCUCUGUGGCCCACUACGCCGCCCCUGCCGUUGUGAGCACUGUGGCCCCAGUUGCCCACUACGCCGCCCCUGCUGUGGUCAAGACCGUGGCUCCAGUGGCGCACUAUGACGCCCCCGCUACCUACACCUCCUACGCCGCCCCCGCUGUUGCCUACCAUCACUAAGAACUGCCAUUCCACAUUCUACAUCCCUUUAUUGUUAUAGUUUU